AUGGGCUCCGUCAAGUUUGGAGACCUCCCGCUUAGCACUAUUGGCCCUCUGGAUUGCGCUCUCACUGGAACGGCACUUCUGAAUAGCCCCAUUUUCAACAAGGGAUCUGCCUUUCCGCCAUCAGAGCGUCAAGAGUUCAACCUGACGGGACUGCUUCCAGCAAAUGAGCAGUCCCUCGAGCAUCAGGUUGAGCGCGCCUAUCAGCAAUACCUGUCCAGAAGCGAUGACCUAGCCAAAAACACAUUUCUGACCUCAUUGAAGGACCAGAAUGAAGUGCUGUACUUCAAGCUGCUGCUCACUCACCUCAAGGAAAUGUUCAGCGUAGUCUAUACUCCAACCGAGGGUGAUGCCAUUCAGAACUACUCUAGGCUUUUUCGUCGCCCAGAAGGUUGCUUCUUGGAUAUCAACCAUCCCGAGAACGUGGAGCAAGAUCUUGCCCUUUGGGGAACUGCGGAUGAUGUCGACUAUAUUUGCGGCGUUGGAGGCAUUCUCAUAUCGGGAGCAAAGCUGACCCUUGCGUCCCUUUGCGCUGGUGUUCAUCCCAACCGAACUCUCCCGGUAGUCAUAGACUGCGGCACAGACAAUGAAGACCUGCUCAAUGAUGAUCUUUAUCUCGGCCUCCAUCAACGUCGAGUAAGAGGCAAACAAUAUGAUGAUUUCAUCCAGACAUUUGUCGAAGCGGCUCGGAAGCUGUUCCCGCGAGCUUACAUCCACUUUGAGGACUUUGGUCUUAAGAACGCUCGGCGUCUGCUAGAACUGUAUCGUCCCAAGAUCGCCUGCUUCAAUGACGAUGUCCAAGGAACAGGCUGUGUGACCCUUGCUGCCAUCAUGGCUGCUCUCCAUGCUAGUAAACAGAAACUCAGCGACUCCCGCAUGGUCAUUUUUGGUGCGGGAAGUGCUGGAGUUGGCAUUGCAGAUCAAGUCAGAGACGCUAUUGCUGCGGAAAUGAACAUUGAUCACGAGAAGGCUUCGCAGCAGAUCUGGUUGAUCGACAAGCCUGGCCUCCUAACGUCAAAAGUCGAUGUCUCAGACGCUCAAAAGAUGUACGUCAAAGAUGCAUCUAAAUGGAGCGAUAACACCACCCUCCUUUCAGUCGUCAAGCAAGUGAAUCCCAACAUUCUCAUUGGAACAUCUACCGUGCCCGGAGCAUUUACGGAAGAGAUCGUCAAGGCCAUGCACGAAAACUGCCCACGCCCAAUCAUCUUCCCGCUCUCCAACCCAACGAGGCUUCAUGAGGCAAAACCGGCCGAUCUGCUUAAGUGGACCAAUGGCCAGGCGCUUGUCGCGACAGGAUCUCCCUUUGAUCCCGUCACGGGCCCCUGGGGGAAGGACGGGGGCGAUAUCACGAUUGAGAUUGCCGAGUGCAACAACUCGGUGGUUUUCCCUGGCAUUGGCCUUGGUUGCAUUCUCAGUCGUGCAAAAUUGCUCACCGACCGCAUGCUCGUUGCGGCAGUUCAAGGCGUCGCGGCACUUAGCCCAACGCUCAAAGAUCCGACAGCAACUCUCCUACCAGAUGUGGAGGAAGUGAGAUCCGUCAGCGUCCAAGUUGCAAAGAGCGUGAUCAAGGCGGCCGUGGAAGAAGGUGUGGCGAUGGAAAAGGGCAUCCCGUCCGACGACGGCGAUCUUGAAGAGUGGAUUAAGGAGCAGAUGUGGAAUCCAGAAUAUCGCCCGCUGAGGCUCGUCAAGAUGGAGGACGCGACGAGGGCGGCCAAGGGAGAGCUUGGAAAGGCCAUGCCUGGACUGUAG